CUCGGAUUCUCUCUCCCUUCAGCAAAAACCCUCGACCAAAUUCUUUUCCGCGGGAGUGUGGUAUCGGUUCUCGAUGCAGUGCGACUCUGCGAAGAGCUAUUUCUGACUGGGAUGCAUUCUUCGGUUCUGCCAUUCUGGCCCUCAAAAUGCGCAGCCACUGUAGAUCAGUGAAUCACGGCCAGCUUGGGUGAAAGCUGAUUGACUACGAAACAGCCCUACCUAUACACAUUGGUGGCGGGAGCUUUCUGGUGUUCUCGAGAGCCGGAUGCUCGGACGAAUGACUUGCAUCGCGGGAUGGCCAAAAUAGUGGCCGCGUCAACAGUCUGCUCGGCAUGUCUGGUGAAGAUGUCAUAAAUUCGGAAUAGAAAUGGGCGUAAAUCAGAAUCAAUGAAUAGCAGGAAGCAAAAGGCAUUUCCUCUGUUCGAUAUGAUGAGGAUUCAUGAGUCCCUGACAAAACCAGCCUGACCAGGCUCAGUGCCCAGUGGAUUGUGGGAAGCAUCGCGAUUAAGUGGGCCAAUCCCAACCCUGAGAUCUUCCCCGCAUAAACCAGAGACAGUUUGAACACGGAAGGCGGUGAACAUGUUUCUGCCUAUCGUAUUUCUUAUCGCACAACUGCCCCUCGGUUUGGCUUGCUUCUACACGGGAAACCCUGCAGGAGAGCUGGUGAUUGGAGCGACUUGCAAACUUGGAGCUUUUGUGAACCAUUUCAGUCUAUCAAUUUUCAGGAUCCUUUUCGAGCACGUCUGACACAUCAUGGCUGACACCGGAGCCGAGUGGAAUCAGGUCAAGCGGAAAGGCAGAAAACUUCGCCAUGUAUCCAAGCCAGUGGCUGAUGAGAAGGCUCCUUCGGACAAUCUGCAGCCAAACCCAAAUCCAGAAUACUCUAUUGGUGAUCUCUCAAAAUACCACGGCGGUGUGACCAGAAAAUUCGAGCAGUCUGCAUGCUGGCAGAAACUAGAGAGACUCCUCGACUCGGCUCUCUCAUCACGCCAACAACUACCACGCAUUACCAGGGCAGUGUGUCUAGGGACAGGACCAUAUGAUCCAGCCGAUGGCAGUUCUCAAGCAAGGUGGACAGCUCACAUGCAGACAGCUGCAUUCUGUGCCAUUAUCAAUACAAUUCGAUCUAAAACAAACCAAGAAAUCAAGUGUUUCAUUCAAGAGCCCCGAUUUACACAAAUUGAUAAGGAAUUCUGCAGCAAACUCGAUCUCGAGGCCGUUGACAGUCCAGCUGGAUUCGAUCUUGUUGAUGAGAACACACUGCUCUAUGCCAUACAUCUCGAACUUGAAAUCUGCAACCUGGCCAUGAGAAAAUCUCUGCCGACCGUUUUCAUUGGUACCGGCUUGGAUGAAUGGCUACGGGUGGUAGAUGGCACCAAGGAGAGACCAGGGCAUCUCCAUCGUUUUUUCAAGUUGGAGGACAACUAUCACAAGCUCCCUUUUCCGGAUCUCGAUUACAUUUUCUCAAGCACCAGCAUAUACCUGAGAGAAGAUCAACAGACACACGAUGUGUGUGAGCGAGGCCCUAUCGAGGAGGCGGGAAAAGAAGAAGUGGGCCAACAAGAUACUGAAAAGAAAGGGGAUGAAAAGACUGAGAGCAAAACGAAAUCUCAGUCUUUGGAAGAUCAAGACACUGCUACCAAGAGCGAUAUCGAUUCUCUGAGGCUUGAUAAGCUUGUGACUUAA